UCAGAAAGCCAAAUCGUGGGCGAAUGGCUUCACCCACGAGAAAUCGUCGGGUAAAGGAGGCACUUCGACAGAUGACUGCGGAUUCGGCACAUCCAACAGUCUGAGGCGUAGUUCGAUGUUCAGCAAGCGAUCGGCAGUGGUCAUUGCAUCGCGACUGAGUGAACCGCUACCAAUGAGAUCAUUCAAUCCGUCCAGCCACAUUGUCAGUACUCGAUCGGAGAACGUCGCUCCACUGAUCGAAUCACCAUUGUGCAGGACGAUACGUAUGCACCGCAUUAACUGUGCUCCACUCUUUCGUCCUGUUACAUCCUCACCACGAUCUACCGACGCAAUAUCCUUAGCCGCAACUCUUCGGACAUUUCCUGCAUGUGAUACUCCCUCCACAUACGGGUCAGCAUCGGUAUCGGUUAGACAUAAUACGUCUGACGCAUCCAAUUUCCAGAAGCAAUACUGGUCUUCACCCUUAUGA